AACGACAUAACCUCGUAACAGAUAAUUUUCAUGUGAAAAGUGGAAAAUGGAAUUAAAAGUUGGCUUACAAUUUGCAAGCUAUGAGGAGCUUACGGAUUUUAUUCAUUUGUACGAAGAGGAAACCAAACAAAAAUUAUGGAAACGAUCGAGUCGAACAAUAAAAAGUACAAAAAACUUAAAGAAAAAAUUUAAUGAAAAAAUUCAAUAUUACGAGAUUCAAUAUUCUUGUAUUCAUGGUGGUCAACGAUUUAUAUCGAAGAGUAAAGGACUGAAAAAAAUUAGUACUCUACGAGUUGAUUGUCCGUUUAAUAUCAAGCUACGAGCCAGCGUAGAUGGUCAAUUUUUAGAAAUUCGUAGUUGCAACGAUCAACAUGAAAAUCAUUCAGAAUAUAUGAAACCAGAAAAAGGGGAACGAUCAAAAGAAGAGAGACAUUCAAGUGAAAGAAUAAAAACUCGAACAUCAAAAUCAGAAAAAAAAUCAAAACCACAAAAUAAUGAAAGUAUGAAAGUGGAUGAAGUGAUUAGCGUGGAGAUGCUGUGUCGUUUGUGUGGAAAUCGAAGUGAACAUUUAAUAUCGAUCUACGAAGGUGAAGGUUUGGAGUAUCAACUACAAAUGAAAAUCAAUCGACAUUUGCCAUUCAGAGUGGAGCGAACAGAUACAAACUUACCAAGUAGAUGUUGUUAUCAAUGCGCGAGCACGUUACUCACUUGGCAUGACCUGGCAGAGAUCAGCAUUGAGGCGGAUCGACGAUUAAAAACACUAUUUGGUGCUGUUAAAUUAGAAAAUUUCGAAGAACUAGAAGAUAUUACCGAAGAAAAAUUUGAAGAAUCUAAAAAAAAUGAGAAUUUCUAUAAUGUUUCCACAAAAAACAAGCAACAAGAUGGAUCUGAAACAAUUGCUUUCGUCAGCUUUUCAUCAUUUCACAACGCACAGAAAUCUUUGUUAUCCAAUCAAAAUAUUGUACCGACAUCAACACAGCCUGAAACAUGUAUUAAAACAGAAGAUAACAGCGACUCGGACGAUGAUAGAGGUGAUGUUACAGCUUCACCUUUACCACCUAGUGAAGAAGAAAAUGUUCCCCGAAAGAAGCUUUAUAGUUGUGACACAUGUCAAGAAACAUUCAAAACUUUAAAACAUUUCAAAUCACACUUGGCUGAAACGUUACAUAAAACACAAAGUCUACCAAAAGGACGACCUACAAACGAACCCAGGUAUUAUUGUGAGAUUUGUGACUAUGGUUUUCCUGAACGAGAUCUAAUGGUAGAACAUCGUGCGAAAGCUCAUCAAACAUCAAAUGAAACGGUUAAGAAUGAAAAUCACGAGCAAGAAUCAAAAUCACUUGGAGUAGAAAUCAAAACCGAGGAAUCUGAACAUGAAACAACUGUGCCAACAACACCAUCUUCAGAGGACAAAGAAUUAUGUAACAUUUGCAACUCAUUAUUUGCAAUUAAACACGAUUUAAAACGUCACAUUCGAAUACGUCAUCCAGAAAUCACACCAACGUUUAGCUGUGAUGUUUGUUCGAAAGAAUUUCCUCGAAAAUAUCAAAUGCAAAAACAUCGUAAAGAAUUACAUUCUGAUGUUCCAGAAAAGGAGACGCUCAAACGUGGUCGUACACAACAAAAUUCUGAUUUAUUAGCCCGGUGUAGAAUUGAAUAUGAAGGAAAACCUCAUUAUCAAUGUGAACAUUGUCCAAGAGUUAUACAUUUACCGUAUCAUUUCCUGCGUCAUCAGACUAUUCAUACGGGAGUACGAGCGUUUUUCUGUCACUUAUGUGGGAAAACGUUUCGUUUAUCGAGUGGUUUAAGUCGUCACAUUAAAGAACUACAUCAUGGAGUGAAAAAGUACCCGUGUGAAAUUUGUGGACGUUGUUUUGCAUCGAAAAAUACUCGAGAUGAUCAUAUGAACAUUCACACUGGAGCCAGACCUUUUGUUUGUGAUUUAUGUGGGAAAUGUUUUAAGCAGAAAGCAUCGUUACAUGUUCACAAAACGUUCCAUAAAAAUGAGAAACUUCAUGUGUGUACGGCUGCCAAUUGUGGUAAACAGUUUCGGCGUGCACACGAACUCAAAGUACACGGAUGGGUUCACACUGGUUUCAAACCUCAUGGAUGUACCAUGUGUGAGAGUACAUUUAGAUUAACACGCGAUUUAAAACGACAUUUACUAAAACGGCAUGGAAGUGGUAAAGAUGGCCAAACAACGAAUGUAACGAAACCAAGUGUUGUGAAGAAACCACCAAAAGAUGAAACUUCAUCCGGUCAGGUUGGGGUUGUUGUUACAGACGAGGAAAGUGGAACUAGUGAAACGAACCAAAUAGCAAAUGAAUAUUUUAAUUCGACAAAAAAUUAUUGUGAUCCUGAAGUUAAACCGUCUACUUUUCAUCUGCACUAACAUCUUUUAUGGGAGCUAAGAAUAAUCCACUAGUACUAUCCCUUAUAAUUUAAGGGUUCGAUAAUAAUAAUAAUAACAAUAAAACAUAAGAGGGGUACUGCAAAUGGUUUUCUAGCACCUAAAUCAAGGGAUAGUCUGUGCCCUCCUUGAGAACAACCUGUAAUCCGAAGGCGAGACGUCUAUUCGAGCGAAACCGCGAGUAAACGCUAGUAAUAAUUUAAUUGACCAAAAUAAUUAUAAUUAAAACAAA